UCCAAAUCGAGAUCAAUUGAAAGGCCACUUAAAACCACCACCAAGCUUAUUGGUCAAAACAGAAAAUGGUUGUAACAAUGUCAAAUUUAAUUCUCGCGUGUCAAGUAUAACCAAACCGCAAAAAAAUUUUCAUUUUAACCAAAGAGGAGUAAUUUCUUCUAAUAAAUCCCAUGGUGCCACAGUGAAACAUAUUUUCACAGCAAGCCGUCACAAUUACAUAACAGAGAUGAUAGAGAAUGAUAAGAAGGAUAUACAUAGUUUUUUAGAAAUUGAUCAAAAUUCAUGCCUAAAUAAGGCAGCGUUACAAAAAAAUAUACCUCGCUCAUCUUCUGCACCACCUAUGCCACCACGAAUGUCUAUCAUUAAUAUGUAUCCUCAAAUCAUAAAUGGAAGACCUGCGAGUGCUGAUGAACGAUCAUACCAAGCUGUUACGUGUAAAAGUGAAAAUCAUAAGGUUAAUUUACACUUGGAAAACAAACCUGAAUCUUUUAAUGAAGUAUUGAAAGGAAAUACGACUAGUUCUUGUGAAUGCAGCAUACAGGAAGCUAUGAUAGUAUGUCGCCGAUGCGGUGCUUUUUGUCAUGAUAAUUGUAUUAGCUCUCAAUAUGUUUGCGCUAUCUGUCUGAUAGGUUAAACUUGUUAAUUAGUCUUCUUUACAUAAUUAAUUUGCUUCAGACAAUACAGAAAACUAAUACAUCUUAGAAA